UCUUACAUAAUUCAACUGUUUCAUUUGAUGAUGAUAAUAUCGUUGCACUUCCCAUAAGCCAGGCAGCACUUCACUUUCUCAUAGAAAUUCCUAGUUUUUGUACUAUAAUUGCUUUGUAAAUAAUAUUCUCUUGCUAUACUUAGUUUAGAUAGCUAACUAUUUGUUAUACCUUGUAUUCAUAUUAACUGUAGUUUUGUAUUAUUGCUCGGAGUGAGCGUAGCGAACGGAGAGCAACACUAAUCUAGGUGGGCUAGGAUUUUUGCGGUUUGAUUUUGGGGUAUGGAUCGCGGUCAGGAGAAGCAGCGGUAAAGUGGUGUCGCGCAUGCGUGAGAUUUUUAUAUUGGAGUCACUUUGAGGUUUGAUUCGGGCUUGAUGGGACAUUUCCGGUUAUUACGAUCAUUAUAACUGUCACGUUCGGGAAAUUUCCGGUUAUUACGAACGGUGUUCGAGUGACAAAAUAGAGCCGAAGUUUAGCGUCCUUUUAGUCGGCGUGGUCGAUCUGACAAAUCCUUUCCCGGCGUUGCCGUGUUGCUGUUCACUGCUGUGUUCUCUCUUAGUUAUUGGGGAUUUUUUGCCGUGAUCAUAACGAAUCAAGUCACCCCAUCCUACCAGAUUUCCCUGCUUUUUCACCAGUACGUCGGUAGACAUGGCCAGUGCGUCGGGAGACAUGGCCAGUGCGUCGGGAGACAUGGCCAGUGCGUCGGGAGACAUGGCCAGUGCGUCGGGAGACAUGGCCAGUGCGUCGGGAGACAUGGCCAGUCCGUCUGGAGACAUGGCCAGUCCGUCUGGAGACAUGGCCAGUGCGUCGGGAGCCGGUGAGGCUAUCUUCCAGGUAAUAAGUAUGAAUGCUGGACAAAAAAUAAAAAUAAAAGGCGGCUCUCAACAGCGAAGAGAGUAUGUGCGAGGUGUGAUAGAUGAAAAAAAAACCGAUCUUGUGUUUUUGCAAGAGUUUCCAAGUCCUGCCAAGUUCAGGGAGGAAAUACCACCAACAGGGUAUCAGAUUUUGUCAGGGGUCCAAAACAACUACAAUUAUACAACCAUUUUGUAUAAAAAUGAACUUGAAGUCAAGGAAUACAACAACUAUGAUAAUAAAUCAUUCGCCGGACGGUUGUACGUAGGACGCUGCAAAAAAGACGGUUCAUUAGACCUUUUGGUUGCAUCCUAUCACGGAGCCAAUACUGAAAAAGGACUAAACGAUAAAAAGGAGGAGAAUCUUUGUAAAUUAUUAACACUGCUAGAUGGAGUUAGCUUUAAUGAAGGAUGCCCUGUUCUUGUUGGAGGUGACUUCAACCUUAAUGUAUGAGAAAGCUAAAAGAGUAGUUCAAAGAAGAAACACAACCAACCAGAUCAAGUACAACCUGUAUGUAGCAGCCUCCAAGGAAAAAAAAGAGGAUGACAUGGUGGACUAUUUUAUGUAUAGCGGUCCAGUUAAAGAUGUCAGCAAUAUAGAAAUUGUGGAUGCGGGUAACAGGUUGUUUGAUCAUAAACCUCUUUAUGCAAAUUUUAAGCAAUCUAAACUCGCCCCAUCACCGUUUGCCAAGAAGGAAUUGUUCCGACAAGAAAAUUACUCUCCCUUACUUGACUCUAAAUUAUCUGCGAACUCAGAACUAAAUUAUCUGCGUGCUGAGAACGCAAAACUACAAUCUACGGUCGAGAAGUUGAACGAUAAAUUAGAUUCAGUGACAGAAGAAAGAAAUUACCUUCGUAAAGCCCUUCUUGAAGUGGUCAAAGACCCGCACCCAGUCGUUAUUUGCUGUUGCGCGGACAUCCACAGGAAAAAAAAAAUAUGGCCCUUUCCCAGAGCAAAAAGAAUAACUAAAAAAAACAGUAUUGACUAGUUUAUAAAUUAUAUUCUGGUUGUGAGAUGCUCUACGUACAUCACAUCCUUCCAGGAUCACCAGAAAAUUAUAUAAACGUAUAAGUGCAUAGCCCACAAAUGUAAUAAACACCCAGAAAUGUUAGAAACCCACAAUUGUAAUAAGAAGUUGCCCACAAAUGUAAUAAACCCACAUUUGUAAUAA